UUUGGGGGAGCUGCUUGCCUGAUUUAGACAUGUCUGCCUGUAUAUGGAAAACACGCGCACGCGUCUUGUGGCGCGUCUCUCCUCGCAUCCCUUCCCACCACCACCAUCAUCAUCACCACCGUUCGUACAAUUUUGUAUCCUACCAGGUCAUUACCAAGUCGUCGACAUAUUUUUCAAACGUAAACAUGCCUCGAGGCACCUCGACUGCUCAGCCAAAUGCACAAGCGCAACAGGACGCGAACUCAGAGGGAAUCGACGCGUAUGAUCUGCCUCGCAGUUUGGUUACGCGAAUUGCACGAUCAGCUUCAAUUCUCUCAGCUUCCAGAUAACGUGAAGUUGCAGAAAGAGACUGUACUUGCUCUAUUGAAAGGGUCGACAGUCUUCGUUAACUACAUAGCAGCAACAGCACAUGAUGUCGCUGCCUCUAAGCAGCACAAAAGCGUUUCAGCUUCGGACGUCCUGAAAGCACUGGAGCUGACUCAGUUCGGUGACAUGGUAGACAAGCUACAAGAGGAACUUAAGGCCUACCGCGAGAUCCAAAAGUCCGGUCGCUCAGCAAAAGGCCCUAGUGCGGCUUCCUCUGCAAAGGGCAAAGGCAAAGAAGCAGCCAGCAUUUCGGCGGCCUUGGCUCCCCCAGCAGUAAAUGGAAAGGGGAAAGAAAAGGCCGUUCCUGGUCCUACUAUCACAAUCCCCGGUGCCAGUUCACGAACACCAGUGGAUUCGGAGCCGCUACCCCCAGAAGACGAAGACGAUGAAGCGGGAGUGACGAUGAUCCAGGGUGAUGAUGAUGAAGAGAUGGGUGAGCCAGAUGACGAGGUUGUGGAAGAGGAAGACGAGGUGGAGGAGGAUGUCGAGGAUGAGGACGAAGAUGAAGGGGAAGAAGUGGAAGAUCCAAUAGCGCUGGAGGAAGAAGAGCUCCAUAGAGAUGCAAGGACCUUGGAUGACCCUCAUGGUAGAGGAAUACAUGAUGAUAUGGAACCGUAGUCGUCAACGAUUGUAGACGCUGAGUUGCAUUUGGUCAUUACCGUUCGACAGUUCAGUAUUCUUCACGUUUGGUCCACGCAGGGUCUCUUUCUAGAACGGCACUGGCCUUGAGUGGAAUAUCUACUCGUGUAGUCAUGCUCACUCGAUGAAUUCGUUAUCUUCGUCUAGAUAUAUUUGUGAGGGAGCUCCAAACUCUGACCGUGCAUGGUGAUACAAGCACAAGAAAAUAAUAUACCUAAGCAAUGUCGGUAGUGUUGUCCAAAUGGCUUGCCCCCGUAUCUCUUUCCGUGUACACGCGUUCGUGCAAAUUGCACCCGGCCUUCCUCCCCUUCGUGUCUUUUUCCAAAAGAGUCAAUCCAAUCCCUCCUUUGCUCACAUUAUCACACAAGUGAUUCUU